AUGCCCUCAUCGGCAAUGCGAUCGCACAGUGCAGCCCACAAUGAGCCUGCCGCAACAGCCGCGACCAACGCGACCGGCCCCCAUCUUCUAACACCAUCGCCCUCAACCUCAACUCGCAGCGACAACCCAGGAGCGUCGUCGAAGCGACGUCGGAUCAACUUCGCCUGUGAUUAUUGUCGCUCGCGCAAGACUCGCUGCGAUGAGGGCCAACCAUCAUGCCAUGCUUGUUCAGCCGCCGGUAUUCAGUGUGUCACCAGGAACCGCCGCCAACCAUGGCUUGACGUUCGGCGGCAUGAAGCUGGUAAAGCGCAGCAUCGUAGUGAGAUAGAAGAGGCGGCAAGGCAAGAUCAGAAUAAUUCGAAUUCAAUUCCAAGGGGUGCAGUCGCGUCAUCAGCAACACCAACACACGAAGAUAGAAGAAAUGCACCCGCUUCUCACCGAAGCCGGCGACAACAGGAUCUUGAACACGAGACAAUAACUGCUGAAGAAAACACUGCUUUUCCUAGUAUCCAGGAUCUGCCACAAGCAGGGAAUGAUGCCACCAUCAUCUCAAAUCCGCCUUCGAGCUAUCCCAGGCAUCAAGCUCAAGGUACAUCGACCCACCGCUCUAGCACUACACAGGGUGAUGACGAUAGACCCGAUCUCAGAUCUCGUUUACCCAUCAUACAUUCCGACUCCGGGAACUCGUCUCUAGACUUCAUGACCAGCUGGCUAGAUCUUGCACGUCACCGUCUUCAGAUCCCUCGAUCAGGCUUUCGCCAAGCAGAGCAGUCCGACAGCGACCCAGCCAGUGACGCUGGAGCGACGCAAAAAGAGUCCGUAUUGCCAAACUUUCUACAAGUGUGGAAUUUUCCAGAGCAGGAAUCCUUAUCAGCCUUGGUUGACUGGUUUCUUGAGGGCCCAAAUAACGUGUUUCCUGUCCUCGAGCCAGACAAAAUCAGGCAUGGAGCUCAGAUGGCAUAUGCAAAUGGUCCCCAAUCUUUCACGCAACAGUACGGGCUCGCAGGGCUAAUGCAGUUGUAUCUCGUCAUGAUACUUGGCCGUAGCUCAAGGCCCAACAAAGAUGUUAGCUUCGAUGCUGAAGGAUGUCUAGAGUAUUCUCAGAGCCUUCUUGGGUUGAUAAUGCAACAGAGUACGCUUGAUGCCCUUCGAGCCGUCAUUCUUUUGUCUAUGGCGCUGCGAUGUCAUGAAAACCUGGCUGCAGCUGGACAUACAAUGAGUCUAGCUGUCUCCAUGGCUAUCUCGCUGGGCUUGCCGAAACAAUCGCCACACUUGCCGCCUGGAGAAGAAAGACGGAAUGUUUGGAUGAGUGUGUUUUCAUUUGAGAAAUUUCUCUCUUUUGAGCUCGGAAGAGCGUCACUCAUCGUAGAUGACUAUCCGGACUUGCUACCCGACUCCAGUCUGCUAAGGGGCAGGGAGCAUGGAAUGGAAAAUGGUGAUUCAACAUAUCAGUCGCGGCAGCGGCUACAGCAUCCCAUCUGCGAGGUCGUUUUGAGUCUGGCUACGGUACUAAGCGAUGUGGGCAGGUUAUGCGUCCAUGCUAGCAAGAAGGAGGACGACAAAGAUGUUGACAAUGUAACAGAUUUGAUAAGAGAAAAGGUCCGGACAAUAGGCCUAUCCUGCGUGAAAUUGAUGAGUUGGGCAUCGGAUGUUUGCCCGUCUAGUUACAGCCCAAUUAUGGAUAUAUUGUUCAAUUCCAAGACACAUCCGUUUGCAUCAUUCAUUGCAAUGCAAUAUCACGUAGCCAUGAUCAUUGUAACUCGCAACAGUCUUCUCAUUAGCGAGAAGGCCAUUCGUCUCUCCGUCGAUGUCAUUGCAAAGGACGAACCAUGGGAGUAUGUCGUGCGGAAUGGGCAGAGCCUAGCUGCUAAUUCAGCACGCAAGAUCUUACGCCUUUUCCUGGAAUCAUCGGAGAACCAGACAUAUCCUGUACUCCCGAGUCUUGCCGGUCCAUUGCAUGCUAUGGGCGCUCUGGCUGUGUUCGUAGUGACCCGGCAAAACUCAAGGAUGGCAAGCAUGGACCGAGAGCUUCUAAAAGCUGUAGCGCUUGCAGCCAAGGAUGCAAAUACCUUGGGCAGAGUGAACAAAGAGCUCGAAUUUGCAUUCAACAAACUAAACACGUUCAUGACAGCGGCUACGGGAUCUCACAGGCAUAAUCGACCAAGGCCAUCGCAGCGACCAGAAGCUGAAAAUUCCACGCUUCCGCCAGAGCCCACCGCUAGAGAUCCGACCCAAACCUCGGCAUGGGAUCCUCUGUGGCAAGUUCCAGCGAAUAUUGCUCCAAUGGCUGAUGGUAACGGGGAGCCUUUUAGCGUAAUUCCAACUGGGCAGAUGAGUAACUUUGAAAGUCACAACGAUUUGGCCUGUUCAGACUGGUGGAUUGAAGAUAGCUCUCCAAUGAUCAUGGAUGAGCUUGGAUGGAAUUGGGCCAACUUCUCUCAGCUCUUAGGUGGCCGGGACAUUGAGCCUCAUAUACAGCUAUGA